AUGAUGCACCAACGCGCCUGCUCCGUAGACGAUAACACGUGGUUCUUGGCAAACCACGCAGACAUUGGUUUAAUAAUGGCGACUGAUGGAGGCAGUUUUUCGUUGGGGCUACCCUGUGUUUUCUCUCCAAAGUCACGCCAAUACCUGGCUAUAUGUGCUCAGGAUGGCAGACUUCGUAUUUGGAACACAGAUAUUAAAACGCUUCAUCAAGAAUACGUGCCUUCAGCCCACUUGAGUGCCACUUGUACCUGCAUAGCUUGGGGACCAUGCCGAAAGGCCAAGGAGGCACCUCAGCGGAAGAAGAGGAGAUCGGAGGCAGGACAUGUGGAGAAGCAGGCAGACCUGUUGGCUCUGGGCACGGCGGUGGGCAGCGUUAUCAUCUACAGCACAGUGAAGGGAGCACUGCACUGCACACUGGACGGAGGUCACAGUGGCGGGGUGAACUGUGUGCAGUGGCACCCUGAGGACUGCCUGCUGUACAGUGGCUCAGACGACACACACAUUGUGGAGUGGGACCUGCAGACGGGCAAGGCGCGCUGUAAGUGGAAGGCAGAUCGUGCCUCAGUGACCAGUCUGUGUGUGAGUCCGGAUGGCAAGCUGCUGCUCUCAGCGGGACAGACCAUCAAGAUGUGGGACCUCGAGACCAAGGAGGUGUACCGGAAGUUCACAGGUCACUCCACUGCCGUGACGACCCUGCGCUUCGCCACCUCGCGGCCCCCGGAUAGUAACGGCCUCUACUUCCUCUCCGGGGCGGCCCACGACAGACUCCUCAGCGUGUGGCAAGUCCGGGAGGAUGGCAAGGACAAGAACUCGGUGGUGUCCUUCAACCUGACUGACGAGCCCCAGCACAUUGACCUCUUCACCUCCAACAGCAAGGAAGAGGCGGUGAGGCUAGCAGUGGUGUGUAAAGACGGCCAGCUUCAUCUCUUUGAGCACUUUCUGAACGGGCCCUGUAAGAAGCCCCUGUCCCCCUCCUGUACAGUGCAGAUGUCUGGGGUGGAGGACAGCCCCGUGCCCGUUCCCCUGUUGGCUGCGGCCCUAACCACAGACACACACAGCCUGCUGCUUGCCUACGGCAACCACUUGCAGCCUGUCAUUGAGAGAGUGGAGGUGAACACAGCAGAGAGACACGUCUGCCUGACCCGCGAUGUCCACACCACCCUCUCCCUCGCCAUGGAAAUGACAGUUUCCAAGGUGAAAACCCCAGUAGUUAAUGCCAAGAGCAAAGUCCUAGUCCCUGGACUUUCCGGUCACCAAGCGCAUGUCCAAGGAACCCUGGGAUCCGAGAAGAGGAGAAAAGGCACAGACGCCAAAGAGAUGUCUAUAGCGGAGCGACUCGGCGAGAUUGAUCUGUCAACGGAGAAGGGGGGCGUCAAGGGGGCCCCUUCUCUGCAGACUGACAACUUUGCGGUGCUGCUGGUGCAGGGUCUGGAGAGCAAGGACGCCAACAUCCUUAAUAAAGUGUUUCAGACCCGGAAGGACAUCUUCAUAAAGAAAACGGUUGCACGGUUACCCCUCCCUGCUGUCUUGCCAUUGGUGGAGGAGAUCACCAAGAGAAUGCAAGGGCAUCCAUACACGGCAGUGCUGAUGGUGCGAUGGCUCAAGGCUGUUCUCAUGCAGCACACCUCCUACUUAUGCUCGUUGCCAGACCUGGUGUUUCAGCUAGGAGUGCUGUACCACAUGAUUGAGAGUAGAGUCAAGAUGUUCCACAAGCUGACAAAGCUGCACGGCAAGCUCUAUCUGCUCAUGACACAGGUGGUGACAAGCGACAGCGGCAUCAAAGACGUGGACCACACGGCCAAGCUGGUCUACGAGGAAGAGUCAUCUGAUGAAGAUGAGGCUUCAGGUGAUGAAGGUCUUCCAGACGAGGAUUCUGAUAACUGGGAGGAGGAUGAAGGCAUGGAGGUUGAGACGAUGGAAGACAAGGCGGAGGAAGGCAUGAGGACUGAAUCCAAAGUGAAUGGCGAUUCCGACAUAGAACCGGGGAACGAGAGCGAGGAAGAGUGACAAGCGAAGGAAACCAAUUUAUCAAAAUAAACGACACACAAAUGGACCUGAAA